UGUAUACGUGUGUUAUAUUUUUGUAAGGUGAACAAGAUGGCGGAUCGUAAACAACCUGGGACAUGACAUUUAAAAUGAUUUAAUCGGACAUUUUAUUAGAAUUCCAAUCGGUGACCGGUGUGAAGUAAGAAUAUAAUGGAGAAUCCCCAACACCAACUGGAACAUGUUUACUCUCAGACAUUGAAAUAAUUCCCAGGAAAUACGUGUUAUGUUGAAGUGGUCGGACAACCCCGAUCUUAUAUCACGUAUGACGCACGAUCACGGUACGGAUAUAAAGAUUAUUGGACGGAAAGAUGAUAAAAUAUAAUCGUUGUUUUUCAUCAUUAUAAGAGACGAUUUCAUAGUUCCAUAUCUUAAACAUAAUAGAGUCUAGAGACAGCUGUAUAUUGAGGGAGCUGGCUCCUUUAGGUGUAGGAGAAACUCAAGUCACGUGACUUAUUGAGCAUCAGGAUAAUUUGCUUUAUGAACUAGUGAUCGACGUAUGACCUGUUGAUAUGUAGUGAUAAUCUAAUAUAAGGAUAAUCGGUUAUAAGUAAUUGAAAUGGCAUUGUUAGAAGGAAUUAUACAUAUGAUCUACUGAAACAAUGUUCCUUUUGAUUACAAAGUUUAAUUAGAGACAUCUCUACACUGUAAUUAGGUCAUGGGUGUUUCGAAAUAAAAAGAACUCGCUUAUUACCUAUAUAUGACUAUACCAGAAGAUAACCGUCAAAUUCAGCGAAUCUUUCAAAUGGUCAUCCUCCCACACCAGGAGACAUUUCGUAGGACAUACGUAUACUAAUCUCACAGUAUCUGGUUUGACAGUGCCAUGGCCCAGGUGAAUGUGUCGCAGCCUUUUACGUGUAGUUAUGUGCCGUAUCUGGAAUGACAGUGUCAUGGCCCAGGUGAAUGUGUCGCAGCCUUUCACGUGUAGUUAUGUGCCGGAUAAAUGUGUCUGUGUAGCUUGUCAGAGAACCAUCGACAGAGGUUGUCUCAGAAUAGGCCUAGUCCGGGGUCAGGGGUCAGACACGCGGCUGGACUCGUACCACUCGUCAUGUUUUUGGGAGAAAUGUCCUUAUAAACAACAUGUUCGUGAGACAAGCCUUGACCGUUUGACAUUCGUAGAGCUGUUCCAUGGGUUUGAAGGCAUGUUGUCGCACGACAGACUAAAACUGGAACAGGAUGCAUGUAAGCCUCCCGGAAAAUUCAAACGGAAGCAUCGCCAUAUCGGAUUGGUUGCCAGUGGUACCGAUGACGUCAGUCUUGACGGCGGAGACUAUGAACUCGAUGAUAACACAUUUGACUUAAGUAACUUAAUUUGCGUACAUGUAUUCCGGUAUAAACUUGAUGUGUAUGUAAGCAUUCGGGAAUAUUUUAAACCUGUGAAUGCUACAGUUGCCAAGGCAACAAAAACAGGCAUUAGUUUGACGUCCAGACAGUGGAACACAGUUUGUCGGAAGCGAUACGGAAUCGAUAGUGCAUUAAAAGAGAUCGGAGAGAGUCAGACGAAAACGAAAAAUAAAGGAACUGAUGCAAUCAAAGACGAUAAUGUCGAUGGCGGAGAUGAUGAAGAAAGUCAGGUCGUGUUUUCGUUGUCAUGGAAACGACGAAUUAGCAUAUUCCGAAAGCACAAAGAACCUGUUGUUGACAUCCGGGACUUUUCGGAGGAAAAAACUUUCAAACCAGCAGGUCGGGGUAUAACGCUAUCCCGAACUCAAUGGAACAAACUGAAAUCAUUGAUUGAUUGUGUGAAUUAUUCCGUGAUUCUGCUUUCGAAAGAAUGAUACAUGUAUUAAAAGAUUUAGUAUGAUUAAAUUGAAAUGCUGAAA